CAUUCAGAUUGGCCAUUCCUUCAUCCAUACCAGGAGCAGAAACAGCGAGCCCCGCUAGUCCCCAUGCAAAUGCAGAUGCAAAUGGCUGAAUGACCGCCGCCGGCCAUACACCGUACGCACUUACGAAUAGUCGAUCGACAACGGUAUCACGUCCACCACUUGCAACUUGCAGUGGCCAAGUGCAUCAGGAACAGGGUCAUUCCACGAACACAUUGGCUCAUCGAAGCUUUGACACCCCUUCCUCCCAGCCACCUACCUACGAAGUUCUCACCAAAACUAGAACCUCCUUCAUGCACCUCGACUCAACAUUAAGAGUCCUUGUAAUUAAUGAUGAUUACAGCCCGGCACAUGGACGGACUCCUUGUGGUCCGGACGCAGGGCAACGGUCUCCCGCGCCUUUCCUCCGUUCCUCCUUUAACUUUGCAUGUUCCUUUUUGUUUCUCUCUUCUACCCCCCAGAAACCCCGCUGCUAUUUCACCGGAAUGCAGGGCUACACGGUACAUUACAUGUUCUGUACGAAGUGCAGUAGUUACCACGCGAAGCAGUCACGUUAUGGGCCUCAAAUCCUUCCAUUCCAUCAAUCUCGACGUCACUUCCUUUACAUGCCCACCGCCAGCUCUGUUAGCGUGGCCGACUGUCUUAUUAAUCGAAGGGGCCGGCCCCACGAAGGAUGAGGGUGCCUGCGCAGCGGUAUCGACACGUGUAUGAUGAGGUCGGCCGUAGUGGGCGUGGACGGCACAGGCGGCGAGGGCACCGAUUGGGUGUGCGUGCAACAAACGUCUGACGAGUAACCUGACGUUCCUACCUACGUCCGCUGCUUUGAAUCCCGAAGUUACUCCUGUGCCCUUUGCCUUUGUUCGCCCUUUUAUCGAAAUCCAGAGA